CUUCCGGGUGUUACUGACCGGGCUCUCUACGCUGCUCUUUCGGCGACUUUUUGGUCUUCCGCUUCUUGCCACAGCCCCCAACUGACCAUACUCCUGCUGGCCUUGCCUUUUUCUGUGUGUCGCUUCUUCCCGGCAGCCAAGCCCGGAGCUUAAAUCUCUCUGAGUCCGGAGUCAGGCCUGGCCAUUCCGCGGGCCACUAUCUUCUUUGGCUCCCGCGGAACUACAACCGAGCGCGCCGGGCGGUCGCCGCUCCCGCCUCGGAGCUCCUGGGCGGGCAGUGCUGGUGUGCCCGUCUUAACUCUUAGCCGAAGACAGCUUCUAGGAUCAAAAGAGGAAUCUUGGGACUCUUGCAUGGUGUUUCAAAGGGUGGUGAAGAACUAAGGUCUUUGUUUUCUUCUGGUAGUCCGUGGAUGUCCUUUUUAAGUGAGAGGUAGAAGAAUACAUGUUCCCAAACUCAAUUUUGGGUCGCCCACCUUACACUCCAAACCAUCAACAAUCUAAUGACUUCUCCCUGUCACCAACUUUUUAUUCACACCAGCAGCAGCUUGUAGAUGCACAGUUCAACUUUCAGAAUGCAGACUUGUCUAGAGCUGUGUCAUUACAGCAGUUGACAUAUGGAAAUGUCAGUCAAAUACAGACCUCAACUUCUCCUUUAUUUCGAGGAAGGAAGAGAUUAAGUGAUGAAAAAAAUAUUCCUCUUCAUGGUAAACGGCCACGUUUCUAUUCACCUCACCAAGAGCCAACUGUAGUUAACCACAUAGUGCCUUUAUCAGGUGAAAGAAGAUACUCAAUGCCGCCAUUGUUUAAUACUCACUAUGUACCAGAUGUAGUCAGAUGUGCUCCACCUUCUCAAGAAAUACCAUUUUUAGAACCUAGAGAAAUCACACUGCCUGAGGCCAAAGAUAAGUUGAGUCAGCAGAUAUUAGAGUUAUUUGAAGCAUGUCAGCAGCAAGUAAGUGAUUUAAAGAAGAAAGAACGCUGUCGAACACAGCUGCAGAGAGAAAUUCAGCUGUUAUUUCCACGAAGCAGACUUUUUUUGGUUGGGUCUUCCUUAAAUGGAUUUGGUACCCGGAGCAGUGAUGGUGAUUUAUGUCUGGUUGUUAAAGAGGAACCAGUAAAUCAGAAGACUGAAGCAUGGCAUAUACUCACCUUAGUCCAUAAACACUUCUGUACUAGACUUUCUGGCUACAUUGAGAGACCUCAGCUGAUUCGAGCAAAAGUGCCAAUUGUGAAGUUCAGGGAUAAAGUCAGUUGUGUGGAGUUUGACUUGAAUGUAAACAAUAUUGUUGGAAUAAGAAAUACAUUCCUUCUCAGAACUUACGCAUACCUUGAAAAUCGAGUUCGUCCAUUAGUACUGGUGAUUAAGAAGUGGGCGAAUCACCAUGAGAUAAACGAUGCCAGUCGUGGUACUUUAAGCAGCUAUAGUCUUGUACUGAUGGUUUUGCACUAUUUACAAACCCUACCUGAACCCAUCCUUCCAUCCAUCCAAAAAAUGUACCCAGAAUCUUUUAGUCCUGCUAUACAACUGCACCUUGUACAUCAGGUUCCAUGUAAUGUUCCUCCUUACCUCUCAAAGAAUGAAUCAAAUCUUGGGGACCUCUUACUGGGCUUUCUGAAAUACUAUGCUACAGAAUUUGACUGGAGCAGUCAGAUGAUUUCAGUUCGUGAAGCCAAAUCCAUUCCCAGGCCUGAUGAUUUUGAGUGGAUAAAUAAAUACAUCUGUGUAGAAGAACCUUUUGAUGGAACAAAUACAGCCAGAGCUGUGCAUGAAAGGCAGAAGUUUGACAUGAUCAAGGAUCAAUUUUUAAAGUCAUGGCACAGAUUGAAAAACAAGAAAGACUUGAACAGUAUACUACCUUUAAGAGCUGCUAUCCUGAAAAGAUAACUGGCCUCUCUAUUUUUUAAUAAAUUCUUCUGAGAAUUAAAGAACAAUAGUAACAUUGUAAUGUGUUUUGUUUACCUCCAUCAUGGUUUCUUUUUAACUGUUCUUGUUUUUGUGUUUUAUUUUUAAGAGGACAUACUUAUAUAAAGAUUGCAUAUUUUAUUAUGACAUUUCUAAUAAAACCCUUUGAUUUAAAGAUGUAUUUUUGAAAACAUUUACACUGAUUAGUAAUGUUACAGCAUGAAAUUUCAGAUCAGAUAAAAUAUUUUUGGGGUAUUAUCUGAAUAAAUAAUAGGUUUUUAAUAUAACUUCAAUUAAUCAUACCAUAUGUUAAUACUGAAGAAAUGUAUAUAAUUUUGGAAAGAGUCUGAUUCAUACAUACUUAAAGUAUAACCUACAGUAGAUAGAUUGUUGCCUGUCCUUUAGUAAAGUGAAGGUUCAAGUCAGUUACUCAGUUACUUGAAGCAAAAUAAAAUCUUUUAUUUCAGUGAAAUCACUGCAGAGGCAUGAAAUACUGAAAAUUGCCUUACUUCUUCAUUUGAAUCACCAGGAUGGACUGAGGCUUUGGGUGUGUCUGUAUUAGCAUUUCAUUAGUACCUCACUUGCUUUUGAUAUAUGUACUCUUGAGAUUGGUUUAAAUUUUUUGUUGACACCAACAGUACAUUUUGCACUAUAGUAAUAUGAGCACUAACUCUGUAUUGUACAGCAGUUAGUGAAUUU